AUGGCCGACAACGCGGAGGUUUGGUACGCUACAGAGGAAGGUAUGGGGAGCCUCAUGAACCAAAUCUUCAUUUUGCGCAAACCCACGGUGGUGAGAUCACAUCAAAUGAGAAGAUGGGGCCAGGGACUCGACCAGUUCUUAGAGAUUCUAGGCGAUCAUUUUGGAGGUGGCACCGUGGACUUCCAGGACCCAAGUACUACAGACAAAAGCCCUGUUCCCAUGCCUGUCGACGCAGUCAUCAAGCGAAUCAAAGAAGGGACGGACAUUCACGCCAGACGACUUCCAAUAAACCCACUGAACUUGAAAUAUUCUGGACAAGCUCCGCCGGCCCCUGCCUUCCUCAACCUGCCUCGGUUCGGUGUCCUCCCGGCAAUCAGUUCACGCCUAGAGGCAGGAUUUACUGGACAAGCGAUCGCCGGGAAACGGGGCCACGCCACAAUGGUCGGAGCCAGAUAUGUCGACCUGGACCGCUCCUUAACCUUUUCGCUGUUUGCCCAGCGAGAUUCUUUUACCGGAUUCCAUGUCGAUAGCCCAGAUGGAACAUGGGUAUGGUAA